GAGGACUGUUUAACUACUUAAGGCCAAGCCAACUCACUUAGUUUACCGUCCCCAAUGUUAUGUUGAGGUAAUCAGAGUCGCACACUGGUCUAACCUGUUCUAUAGCUAAAUGUGCUGUUAUGGUUUAGCGUUCCUUUAUAGCGUCCCAGUGAAAUGAGUGGGUUGACAAGAUCAUCGCAGAUGGCUUACAAGCGAUGGAAAGACGCUGAUAUCAGUGUUCAUGAGGAGCAGUCUGGGAAUAAUGAGCCUAGCAAUGAAAGAAUUUGCACUAUUCUGGAGCAAGAGGAUUUGGGGGACAGCAAGACCAGAAGCUCUGGAAUGUCAGAAACAUUUACUGUGGAGGAAGCAGUUGAGGCUAUUGGUUUUGGAUGGUUUCAGUGGAAGCUGUCUAUGAUAACUGGAGUUGCGUGGAUGGCUGAUGCUAUGGAAAUGAUGCUCCUUAGUAUUCUAACUCCUCAACUGCACUGUGAAUGGAGGCUCUCGAGCUGGAAAGUGGCAUUCAUAACAGCGGUAGUGUUCAUUGGAAUGAUGCUCAGCUCCUCACUUUGGGGAAACAUUUCAGACAAGUAUGGCCGAAAAGUGUGUUUAACACUGUGCAUGCUGUGGACAUUGUACUAUGGGCUUCUCAGUGCUUUCGCACCUGUUUAUAGCUGGAUCUUAGUCUUGCGAGGCCUCGUGGGAUUUGGCCUGGGAGGAGCCCCUCAGUCUGUGACAUUAUAUACUGAAUUCCUCCCGGUGAAAACCAGAGGGAUAUCCAUAAUCCUGUUAGGGGUGUUCUGGGCCUUGGGUGCUGUGUUUGAAGUGUUACUGGCUAUGGUGGUCAUGCCCACAUUAAGCUGGAAAUGGCUGCUAGCUUUCUCCACUUUUCCUCUUGUUGUCUUUGCUGCCUCCUGCUGUUGGUUACCAGAGAGUGCUAGAUUUGAUGUACUGAGAGGCAGAGAAGACAAGGCCCUGAAGACUCUGAAACAUGUAGCAGCGUCUAAUGGGAGCACUAUGCCUACAGGAAGACUUAUAGCCAACACACAGAAUGAUCGUGGGAGAAUUAGAGAUCUUUUUAUUCCAGAAUACUGCAAGACAACACUUUUGGUCUGGUUUAUCUGGCUAUGUAGUGCUUUUUCAUAUUAUGGUCUUGUGCUGCUAACCACUGAGAUGUUCCAAGCAGGAUCUGCGUGUAGUGUCACUGACAACUCAAGUAUGGAACCUCGGUGCAAUUUGGAGUGCAUAUAUCUGACUAUUGAUGAUUAUAAGGACCUUUUGUGGACCACCUUAGCAGAAUUUCCAGGUAUUCUGAUCUCCGUGUGGAUGAUUGAUCGAAUUGGCCGGAGAAAAAGCAUGGCUUUUUUUUUUUUAGCAUUCUCUCUGAGUAUCAUGCCACUGUACACCUGCAUACAAAGGACAGUUCUCACAGUCUUUAUUUUCAUUGCUCGAGCCUGUAUAACAGCAGGCUGGCAGGUUGCAUAUGUUUAUACACCUGAGGUUUUCCCCACCGCAACCAGGGCUAUUGGUAUUGGUACAAGCAGCGGGAUGGCUCGUGUUGGAGCUCUCAUCACACCAUUUAUUGCUCAGGUACUUCUGAAAACAUCAGUUUAUCUGGCUCUGUCUGUGUAUUUAAUAUGUUGUUUGCUGGGCACAGUAGCAUCCUGGGCUUUGCCUAUGGAAACAACAGGGCGGAGCUUACAGGAAUCAACUCAAAACACCAUGGAACAAAAACACAUGGAAAGACCGCAUGGUUCUGAGAUAGCCGAAUCCUCCAGCAACACAUCUCCUUAACAGCACAUGGAAAACUGAAACUGUUUGAUGUCAGAAAAACAAUGUAUGAUCAGGCCAUUCUGGUAUAUACUAAAUGUUGUGUAAGUGCAUUCUAAAGGUACUGAUUCAUAGGAGAUUUUUAGAUAAAUAAUAUAUGCAUGUAUUAUGUGUUUCUGGUCUUUUUUCUUUUGAAAUGGUACAUAAACCCGUUUAUGAUACCAAGUACUUGUGUAACUAAAAGACCCAAUGAAAUGGUUUGACAAGUGAA